UAAAAGAGCACAAUGUUUUCCCCCCCUCCUUCAAAGUGCGUGCCUCUUCCACUUUUGCUCCGUGUGCCGUACUGCUCGGACACGAAUAUUGGAUUCUCCAUUCUCUGUUUUUGCCUGAUACUUUGAGAUAGUGUGCAGCUAAACACCUCUCCAUUCGCCCAUCUCGUCUCCAAGUAAAGAUGUCAGCCAAGUUUUACACAACUGCUCUUGUCGUGCUCCUUCGCUUCCUCAUAGCUUGCGUUGUUGCCACCCAUGCCUCGAUUGAACGUCGGUGGUAUGAUAUCCAGUAUCAGGGAAGCGCUAGUUACUACGGUGAUGGAUACAAGACCAUUCAGGGCGGACUAGACCCACCACCGAUAGGACCAGAGAAUGGGGGAUGGUACGGGGCUUGUUAUAGCACGUUUCCUGAUCGACCUCCCCUCGUGCCAAAGAACUUUAACAUGUUUGCGGCAUUGAACAGUCAACAGUUCCAAGCACUGUCGCCCAAGAACGUCUGCGGGACAUGCAUCGCCGUCACAAACACUCUUCUCGGCACCCGAGUCGUGCUGCAAAUCGUCGACAGCUGCCCUGGCUGUCCCCUCAACGGCAUUGACAUCUCCCAUCAAGCCAUGUCUGCACUCCUUGGCGGAAAACAGGGAUUAGUAGAUUACUCCACAUCACCAUGGGAUCCUGUCCACUGGGCACAAGCAGUUGCUGUCGGUAAAUUGUGGAGUGUGCAAUGGCAAGUGACCGAUUGCGCGGAACUACAAGAGGAUAAAACCUACCGGGUCGAUGGCGUACCUGCUGACCAGCAGAUUUUGGCCCAACGAGCCGUGUCGAUCCGGGCUGGGGUGACACUGUUCAAGAAGGCUGGAAAGUUGCAAAGGUUUUCGUGAAAGUGGUGUAUUUUCUUGAUAGCUUGUACUCUCAAAGAGCGUGUUACUAGUAUAUUUGUAUCUUAUGGAAAUAUUAUAAUGUUGUCACCC